AGUAAUUAUUUUUACACACGGAAAAGGAGAAGGAGGGGGCGAACAGCAAGGAUUGAAGGAUGGCGCGAAUUUCAAGGAUGGUUCCUGAAUCUUAAUUCUUCACUGUCGGCGUCGGCCCCCCUCUUCCUUCUUUCCCCCCUCUUUUCUUAGAUUUCAUUUUCCCACCUUUUGUUUUACAUCUCUCUCUCUCUAUAUAUAUACGAAUCUAUCUUUGUGAAGCACAUCGAAUUGGAGAUUCUGUAAAUUAAUUAAUGCGUUCUCGUUCUUUCAAUACCUAACAGGGGAAUAAAAACGAAAUAAUCAAAGAAUUUUUGCUUCUCAAGCUCAAAAGCAGACUACUCAGAUGGCAACCAGUGUAGCUUCGGGGAGUGGCCAGCUUCGUUUUAAAGACACUAUUUACAAGGGACACAGCUGCAGACAGGCUUAUUCAGUUCAUAAUAUAGCUGUCACAAAAUGCAUGCAAAAAGAGCUUUCUUGGUCUAACGGGUUCUCUAAAGGCGUGCGAAUAAAUAAAAUUAACGAUUUCCAUCCUCAACGUAGGCAAGAUUAUAAGCAACAACACUGCGUAGGGAUCAAAUCAUGCUUGAGAGAUGGUUAUAAUAAAUAUUUCGAUUUUGCUGUGAUUGGAAGUGGAGUGGCUGGCCUUCGAUAUGCGCUUGAGGUUGCUAAACAUGGAACUGUAGCAGUGAUAACCAAAGCUGAGCCGCACGAGAGCAACACACAGUAUGCACAGGGCGGUGUGAGUGCUGUUUUGUGCCCUUCGGAUUCUGUCGAGAGUCACAUGCAGGAUACAAUUGUUGCAGGUGCUCAUCUAUGUGAUGAGGAAACCGUUCGAGUAGUGUGUACUGAAGGGCCAGAUAGAAUACGAGAAUUGAUAGCAAUGGGGGCUUCGUUUGAUCAUGGGGAAGAUGGGAAUUUACACCUGGCAAGAGAAGGGGGCCAUUCUCACCAUAGAAUUGUACAUGCGGCUGAUAUGACUGGCCGUGAAAUAGAGAGGGCAUUGUUGGAGGCAGUCAAAAAGGACCAUAAUAUUUUUAUGUUCGAACACCAUUUCGCUUUAGAUUUGCUCACUUCUCAGGAUGGCUCUGAGACAGUUUGUCACGGUGUUGACACUUUGAAUACGGAGACACAAGAGGUGGUGAGAUUCAUGUCGAAGGUGACUUUACUUGCAUCUGGAGGGGCUGGACAUAUCUAUCCCAGUACAACCAAUCCUCCGGUGGCAACUGGAGAUGGAAUAGCUAUGGCUCACCGAGCUGAUGCUGUAAUUUCUAAUAUGGAGUUUGUGCAGUUCCACCCAACCGCUUUAGCCGAUGAAGGUCUUCCAAUAAAACCAAAAGAGCCACGAGAGAACGCCUUCUUGAUAACCGAAGCAGUGAGGGGAGACGGAGGCAUCCUCUACAACCUAUCGAAGGAGCGCUUCAUGCCCACCUACGACCAACGCGCCGAGCUCGCCCCACGAGACGUCGUCGCAAGAAGCAUCGACGACCAGCUCAAGAAACGCAACGAGAAGUACGUCCUCCUCGACAUCUCCCACAAACCCAGAGACGAAAUCCUCACCCACUUCCCCAACAUCGCCCGCGAGUGCCUCCAGCACGGGCUCGACAUCACGCGGGACCCCAUCCCGGUGGUCCCCGCCGCCCACUACAUGUGCGGCGGGGUCCGCGCGGGCCUCCAGGGCGAGACCGACGUGCGCGGCCUCUACGUGGCUGGUGAGGCCGCAUGCACGGGACUCCACGGGGCGAACAGGCUCGCCUCCAACUCGCUUCUAGAGGCGCUCGUGUUCGCCCGCAGGGCAGUUUCCCCCUCGGUCGACCACAUGAGGAACUCCAGCUCUAGGCCCGACCGCGGUGCCACUCGCUGGUGGGCCCGGCCCGUGCCCCCAAGGUCGCUCGGGGGUGGUGCGCUGAGCAAUAUUGUGAGGAGAACUCGGGAGGUGAGGAAAGAGCUGCAGUUGAUCAUGUGGGAGUAUGUGGGGAUUGUGAGGUCGACGAUUAGGCUCGAGAAUGCGGAGAAGAGGAUUGGCGAGUUAGAGUUGGAGUGGGAGGCUUAUUUGUUCCAGCAUGGUUGGGAGCCUACAAUGGUGGGGAUGGAGGCUUGUGAGAUGAGGAAUUUGUUCUGCUGUGCUAAGUUAGUGGUGAGUAGCGCUCUCGCAAGGCACGAGAGCCGUGGGCUCCACUACACCGUCGAUUUUCCUCAGCUGGAGGAGAGUAUGAGAUUGCCCACCGUUAUAUUUCCUGCUUCGCCCGUAAAUAGUUCGUGGAGUUCGAGGCAACUGCACAGGCAACAAAUAUUGUAGUAGUAAUAUUACUAUGUCAUAGAUUUUUUUUUUUUAUAUUUUUUAAUUUUUAAAUAUAUUUAUUAAUGCUGCCUCUGAAGUUUUUUGAGGUGGGGUGUGCAUUUUGGUUUCUUGUUGGAAAUCUACUAUAACUUUUAGAAUAUUUUUGCAAGAUUGGAUUUUUAUGCAGCAAGUUAUUGUUGCAGAGCCCA